AUGGGAAGUCGUCCGUUUUCCUUCAUUUUCUUGCUCUUUCUCGCAAUAACCAUUAACGCGGAGACUAGUGAGAAAGUUAACGAGAAAAAACAACCGAUUAAAACAAUUGUUGUUCUUAUUUUAGAGAAUCGAUCCUUCGACCACAUUCUAGGUUGGAUGAAAAGAUCCGUUAAUCCUUCCAUUAACGGAGUCACGGGUCGAGAAUGCAACCCUGUUUCCACCAAAUCCAAGUCGUCCAAGUCAAUCUGCGUCACGGACAAUGCAGAGUAUGUGGAUCCGGAUCCGGGUCAUUCAUUUGAAGCGGUUAAGCAACAAGUAUUUGGAUCUAAGUCUAGAUCCACCCCUUCCAUGUCGGGCUUUAUCGAACAAGCAAUUUCCAUGUCACAAAACAUCUCAAACUCCGUCAUGAAAGGAUUCAAGCCCGAAUCCGUACCCGUAUUCGCCGAAUUGGUACGACAAUUCGCCGUAUUUGAUCGUUGGUUUUCAUCUAUACCGGGUCCUACCCAACCCAACAGACUAUUCGCAUAUUCAGCAUCUUCAUUCGGAUCCACCACCCACGACGUGAAACAACUCUCCCUAGGUUACCCACAAAAGACAAUUUUCGAUUCAAUGUACGAAAACGGAAAGGAUUUCGGCAUCUAUUACGAAAACGUUCCCGCCACCUUAUUCUAUAAAAACCUUAGAAGUUUAAAAUACGCCUUAAAGUUUCAUCUUUACAGACUUAAGUUCAAAAAAGAUGCCGCCAAUGGGAAGCUCCCAAGCUUGACAGUGAUCGAGCCGAGAUACUUCGAUCUAGUAGGACUUCCGGCGAACGACGAUCAUCCUUCACAUGACGUGGCAAACGGUCAGAAGCUAGUGAAAGAGGUUUAUGAGACAUUAAGGUCGAGUCCACAAUGGAAUGAGACACUUUUCGUAAUCACUUAUGAUGAACAUGGUGGGUUUUUCGAUCAUGUCCAAACACCCUUCAAAAAUGUUCCAAACCCAGAUGGUAAAACAAGCCCAGCUCCUGAUUCAUUCAAAUUCGAUCGACUAGGUGUUCGUGUACCCACGAUUAUGGUAUCUCCAUGGAUUAAAAAAGGCAUAGUUGUAAGUAAGGCUCAAGGACCAACAAGUAGCUCAGAGUAUGAACAUUCAUCAAUCCCAGCUACCAUAAAGAAAAUAUUCAACCUUUCUUCAGAUUUCUUAAAUCGGCGUGAUGCUUGGGCAGGGACAUUUGAACAUGUAAUUGGAGAACUGAACUCUCCUAGGACUGAUUGCCCAGAGAGGCUCCCGGAGCCUCCAGCAUUAAGAAAAAGUGAGCCUGAUGAAGACAGGGAAGUUUCAGAAUUUCAAGCAGAGUUAAUUGAUGUGGCGAGCUUCAUUAGAGACGAUAAUGACGAUUUGGGAAAGAAGAAUAAGAAGAUGACAGUAAGAGAGGGAGAGAAAUAUGUAAGAGAUGCGAUGUCGAGCUUCAUAAGAGCUAGCAAAGAGGCUUUGAGGAAGUUGGGUAGUACUAAUACCUGUUCUUCCCAAACAUAA